AUGGACGACAGACGGCCUUCACUAGCUGUUAUGACAGAGCCGUCCGGAAUGAUUCCCCCCGAUGAGUCCUCAUUGACUUCUGUCACCUCAUCUAUUCUUCAUGGCGUCGUGGGCGAAGGCCAGCGCGUCUACGCUGCGUAUGGGAAAGAGGAGUAUGGACUCCCUAUGGACGACCAGGAACUUGACCGCAUGGAUCUGUGUCACCAGAAGUAUUUUUCCCUCCUGAAACAACGACGUUUUCUAUCACCGAUUAGUGAAAACCCGCAGAGGAUUCUAGACUUGGGAUGCGGCACAGGGAUAUGGGUACCGCCGAACUGCCAAUUCGAACUUGACGAUAUUGAACAGACAUGGACGUGGAAGGCUGACAGUGCCGACUUCAUCUUCUCUCGGGACCUAAUUCUAUCUGUACGAAACUUUCCGAAACUAAUCGACCAGGCAUACAGACAUCUAAAACCCGGCGGCUGGAUCGAAUUCCAGUGUCACACCGGAUUGUUGCAAUGCGACGACGGCACCUUACCUGAAGAUAGCACGUUUCGUUCUUGGGCAAACCUCACCAAGACAGCAUGCGAAAGAUACGGCACUCCAGUAGAUGAUCCGACUCGGUUUAAACAGUGGUUUGAGCAACGAGGAUUCGAAUGCGUGACGGAGGAGGUGUAUAAGAUGCCCUGCACUCCUUGGGCAAAGGAUAAGCGCUUGAAACUCAUUGGAGCUUGGGAACAGCACAACUUGAUGAAUCACCUAGAGGGCUUGACGAUGCGGUUAUUCCAAAAGAGCCUGGGCUGGUCAGAAGAGGAGAUUCUGGUGAUUUCCGCCAUGCUACGAAAGGAACUGCGCGAUCUAGGCGUUCACUCCUACUGGCCGUACUACGUUGUAUACGCACGUAAGCCCAUGAUGGCAUUAGGCCAAUAA